AUUGACAGCCUGUCUGCCUUUGUAGUGUCUAUAUCAAAGCAAUACAAUACUGUAUAUACACUAUAUAUUAAAACUGAGAUUAUAUUUAAAGGCUUUUUCUUGAGAGAUAAUGUAUGAUUAUUUUGUUAUAACAGAUGGGGAAAUGAAUAUGAAGAGAAUUGUAUCACUGAAUAAUAGAUGUUUUUAAAUACUGAAAUACUGUAUAUGAUAGCUUAGUUACUGUGUUGUGUUUAAAAACUUUUGAAUAUGUUUAAUAAUUGUGCUUUCAAAAUAAAUCUUAGAAUUUUGUUGUACUUAUAGUGUGGCAUUGGAUCUGUUAUUUUUCACAUUUAAAAAAGGCAAUGUUUUUUCAGCAUAUGGAAGAGAGGGUGUGAAGAUGAACUUCAUAGAUAGGAUCUUUGUUGGUGAAUUGACUAGCACUGUCAUGUGUGAGGAAUGUGAAAAUAUUUCAACAGUAAAAGAACCUUUCAUUGAUCUUUCACUUCCUAUAAUAGAGGAGAGGGUUGCAAAACCUGUGCCUUUGGGAAGAACAAAUAAAAGUAAAAGUGUGCAUGAAGCAGAUCUCGGACAGUAUACCUGUUCUUCCAUCAGUACACUGAAUAAUCAGCCCAAAAUUGUCAAGAAACAUGCUUCAACAAAAGAUAAGAAUCAGUUGAACCAGGAGAGAAGGCUUGCCAGAAAAGCUUCCUCUAAUGAAGAAGAAAGAAGCCCUGUUAUCAUUCAGGAAAGAUCCAAAAAGCCAGAGCUGGAAGAUAGCUCUAGUGUGCUGUACUCCAAAGACACAACUGUGGAAUCUGCCAUGAAUGGGAGUCAGACAGAGGGCAGCGAGAAGGAAGCCAGCCGCUCUGAAAGUAGCUUUGAUGCAGACAGUGAAGCCUCUGAAAGUGAAAGUGCUUCUAAGCAAACAGCUGUUAGCUCAUGCAGCAACACAUCUGCUUUGCAUGUCAACCACAUCAAUGUUAAAAUGCCACACACCAAACCAAGUGACAGUAACGAUGAGAAGAUUUCCAGUGCCAUAUCCAAACUCAGUUUCUGUGAUACUAUAAACGAAGAUGAAAAGUCAAGCUUUGGUGAUCCAGGUUUAUCGAAUAAUUCCAUGUUCUCAGCAGACAAGUCCUCGUUGUCCUCAAACCCUCAAAACGCUUUUCAGACGCUUUCCCAGAGCUAUAUAACUAGCUCCAAGGAGUGUUCUGUCCAGUCCUGCCUUUACCAAUUUACCUCUGUAGAGCUGUUAAUGGGAAACAACAAGCUUUUGUGUGAGAGCUGCACAGAAAGGAAACAGAAGUAUCAGAAGAAAUCCAACUCCUCAGAAAAGAAAAUGGAAGGUGUCUACACGAAUGCUCGGAAACAGCUACUGAUUUCUUCGGUUCCUGCUAUUCUUAUUCUCCAUCUGAAAAGAUUCCACCAGGCUGGUUUGAGUCUACGGAAAGUAAACAGGCACGUGGAUUUCCCACUGAUUUUAGACCUAGCACCAUUUUGUUCUGCUUCUUGUAAGAACGUUACAGAUGGCGCAAGAGUGCUGUACAGCCUUUAUGGAAUAGUGGAGCACAGUGGGUCAAUGAGAGGCGGUCAUUAUGCGGCUUAUGUGAAAGUCAGAACGCCCUCCAAGAAAUUACUGGAGCAUAUUUCCUCCACAAAAAACGUGCUAGGUUUAAAAGAAGCCAUGGGAGCAUCAGCAGGACAGUGGGUGUAUGUUAGCGAUGCCCACGUUCAGAUGGUUCCAGAAUCACGAGUACUAAAUGCACAAGCAUAUCUGCUUUUUUAUGAAAGAUUACUGAUAUAAUUCUCAACAGUUUAAUUAAAAAAAAAAAAGAAACUACUGUAGUGGUUAUUUAGUUUCUCUUAUUUAAAGUUGCAGUAGAAGGAGUACCUGUAAAUAUUGUGCCUUUAUCUUGCAGAGAAUUUACCAUAUGUUGACUCUGAAAUUCAGUCAAGCUAUUAUAAAUAUCUGAAUGGUUCCUUUAAAAUAUGCACUUUGUCACACAUUUUAAUUUUACAGUUAGAAUGUAAGAUGAUGUUCUAUCCUAGUGAAGUCAGUAGAAACUUUUGUUGUUGAUUUUAACGAAGAUAAGCUUUCACCCGUAGUUCCAGAACAGGUGAGAAUAAAAAUGCUGAUAGUGUUAAGUGCCUGGAUUUGCUGCUGUACAGUAACAAUAUAAAGUACUUGAACUGCUUUUCAGUUGAGACUUUAUCCUUCCCAUCCCUGGGUUGGAUGUCUGCUGUUAGGAUUUCUACAAACAAGUACAUGUCAAAGCAUGUAGCCUGCAGAUGUAGUAAUUUGGAAAGCAGUGUUUCCAGAACGGAACAACAAUAGAUGUCUCUGGGUAAUGCUGCUGUGCACUUUCCCAGUAUGUUGUUGGAAAUAGGUUGGGAAAGUAUUAAAAUAUUGCUUCUGCAGUGUGACAGUGUAGGUAGUUUACACCUGUUCAGCUGUCUCCAACAAGUGCUGGUAUAGCCGUGUACUCCUGUCUUAAUGUAAAUAUAUACUGUGGUGUGCAUGUAUAUAUUCUCUAAGAUAAAUAUAUACAUAUAUAUAUGCACACCAUAAAUCCAUCAAUAUAUGUUGUCAUUUUACCUAUUAGGAUAGGAAGGAAUUGCAAACACUUCUGUAUUUAGUAAAUUUUCAAAUUCAUGAUUGUGACAGAUGUACAGCGUAUGAUGAGCUUGUGUAUGAAUAUGUAUGGGGUUUAAGUGUAACUGGAUAAUUCUGUUACUUUUGGUUCCAAACAUUAAUUUGUUUAUCUGUUCCUGAAUAUUUUUCUCAUGGGGAGUAAUAAACUAUAAAUUAUUUUUGCA